UCACACAAAUGACUGAAGUACUUCUCGAGCUUCCUGUAUUCUCUAAACUUUCUCAAAGAGUAUGGAGAGUCCUAGGAUUCAAUCCCGGAAAGUUCACUUUACAAGGAACCAAUACAUACCUUAUCGGCACUGGAGCACGAAAGCUAUUACUAGAUUGUGGUGAAGGAAAGGAAGAGUAUCUACCUUGCCUCAAAUCAACAAUGGAAACGCUUCCAGGAGCCUUUAUUUCGGAUAUCAUCAUAUCACAUAAUCAUUAUGACCACUGGGGAGGAGUACCAUCCAUUCUCUCGUCAGAACUGAAUCGACCCCAAUCGCCUAUUCAAGUACACAAGAUGAUAAUAGAAAACUCACGGCCAUCUGAAUUUGGAGCACACCAUGAUAUGCCAUCGGAUAUACCGUUAGUUCCGAUGCAGAAUGACCAAAAGUUUGAAGUAGACGGGGCAACGCUACGCGUAAUCCACACUCCCGGCCACACUAGCGAUCACUGUACUUUCUAUUUGGAGGAAGAGAACGCUAUUUUUACGGCAGAUUGUGUUCUUGGACAAGGAACUGCGGUUUUUGAGGAUUUGAAGGACUAUAUUGAUGGUUUGCAGCGUUUGGUCGAAUUCAACCCUAAAAGACUAUACCCUGGCCAUGGUCCCGUCGUAGAAGAAGGAAAGGCUAAAAUACUCGAGUACAUUAAGCAUCGACAGGAUCGAGAGGCACAAAUCGUACAAGUGUUACAAAGCCGACAGUCGGCUGCUCCCAUGGAUAUUGUGGAAGUGCUGUACAAAGGCUACCCAGAAUCUCUUCAUGCCCCUGCCGCUCACAGUGUAGAGCUUCAUCUUAAGAAACUUUUGAAGGAAGGGAAGGCCAGUACUCUCGAAGUUGACCAACAAGACCUCUUUGCACGUAUGACUAAGCAGCAAUGGUCAUUACACAAGGAAGCAUCUUUAUAACAGCUCUAUGUAAUUUAUGCUCUGUAUAAAGCUAUAUUUUCUAACUACUGUUAUCUUCAUCGUCUUCAUCCUGUUCGUCCUCGUCCUCUUCGAUUUCAUCGUCGUCUUCACCAUCUAAGAGUUG